AUGCCCGGUGCGUGCGCAGGGCCGGCGGCGGCGGCAGUCAUGGCGGCUCGGUGCGUGAGACUGGCGCGGCGCAGCCUCCCGGCCUUCGCGUUGUCUCUGAGGCCCUCUCCUCGGCUAUUGUGCACAGUUACUAAACAAAAGAACAAUGGCCAGAACUUGGAAGAGGACGUGGCUCACAGUGAACAGAAGACAGAACCUCCCUCUACAGAGAAGAUACUCCUGGAAGAAAAAGCCAAGUUGGAGGAGCAGCUGAAGGAGACGAUGGAAAAAUAUAAGCGAGCUUUGGCAGAUACUGAGAACUUGCGGCAGAGAAGCCAAAAAUUGGUGGAGGAGGCAAAAUUAUAUGGCAUUCAGGGCUUCUGCAAGGACUUGUUAGAGGUUGCAGACAUUUUGGAGAAGGCAACACAGUGUGUUCCAAAAGAAGAGAUUAAAGAUGACAACCCUCACCUGAAGAAUCUCUACGAGGGGCUCGUAAUGACUGAAGUCCAGAUCCAGAAGGUGUUCACAAAGCACGGCUUACUCAGGCUGGAUCCUCUAGGGGCCAAGUUCAACCCUUACGAACAUGAGGCCUUGUUCCACACCCCGGUUGAGGGGAAAGAGCCGGGCACGGUAGCGCUAGUUAACAAAGUGGGGUACAAGCUGCACGGGCGCACCCUGAGACCUGCCCUGGUAGGGGUGGUGAAGGAAGCGUAGCUGCCUCUGAAGGGUUUCAGUGGGUUUGUUGGUAAUCACUUGCUAUUACUGUUAAAGGCUGGUUCAUCCUUUCUCAUCUAUGAAUAUUGUGACCUUUUCCCAAACCUUGUGGGAACGCUUUAGUAAUCUGUGGGAUAAACAGAAAGUUAAUCCAGUUGCACAACUGCGUUAAUGAACUCUAAGUUGGGAGUCUGUUCAUUGAUUUUUAAUACACGUUGAGUAGUUCCACAUGCUUACAGAACAGGCCGACGGGACACUACUGGACCCUUGAGUAUCAUGAAUAAGGCUGUAUCUGCUCAAACUCUGGUGACGUCCAAGCAUUUUAAAUGAAUAAAAGGUCUUUGGGAAUCCUGCUCUUUGGCUAGCUGGCCGCACCCAGCUGCACUGUGCGUCUUCUGCAUCUCACCAUAGCAGGUGAGCACCUGGAAUCCUUAGCCCAUUACAUUUCAUUCAGUGAAGGAAAGGCAAGCGUUUAAACGUUUUUCAUGCUAAGACAGAUUUUAUGAUGACCGCUUCGGUGGAGAACAUACGUGGGUUCAUUUAUAAUUAGUUACUAUCUAGCUGCUAGAAAUGAUUGACUUCUGGCUUUUGAGAUGUGAAAUGAGCACAUGAACUUCAAGAGUCCUUAUCUUGCUAAUUACCAAAUUUGACAAAAUCAUUUAUUUUUGCCUUGUUCUGUUCAUCUAUUUGUAGAAAUGUUUAAAUCUAUACUGGACUAGUGACUGAUGACCUGACGGUAUUUCCCCUAGUAAGAUGGACUUUCCCAAAAUCUGAGGACUGCAUGCUGGGUAUAAUUUACAUGUUAAAUGUUUAAAUUUUAUUUAAGAGGAUUAAAGCCCUCCUAUGUUUAUUUUCCUA